AUGCAAGAGCAACUCGAAGAUCCGGUUCUUCCCAUCCGACUAGAUGAUGAUUACGAGGAGACACUUGCACUUCCUGACCAUUUCAAGAACAAGAGUUCCAAGGCGAAACAAAGUCGUCUGUCCCAAAAAUUCGAGGGUGAUGGGCCUCAUCGUCAUACCUCCGGUGCUAAAUCAUUCAAGAAGAGGCAAAAAGAGAUGGAGAAAGAAAUUGGGAGAACGCCAUCAAUCGUAGAGUUGGUCGCUCGGACACACAAAAAGUCUGAUGGGACAUAUGUCGAUCCCCGUGCGGAACGAGUUGUAAGCACGGUAACUCAACGACUCACCCAACUCUCGCAAAAUGUUGGCGAUUCAGCGGGUUCUUCAUCCGGUCUCUCUGCAUCGGACCAAGAUCGUUGUUAUGUGGAGUCGGUCUCUCCAAAUAAGGGCCGCAUCUAUGGAUUAGGAGGAUUGCAACGAGAUUUGUUCGAUGAUUUCGGUGCAGCAAUUCCUCCUGGCAUGCAGAGUGAUCUCGAACAACAACGACGGAUCGAGACACUCGAGCAACAACUUGCGGCGACGAGGCAACAAGUGACUAACCUCGAACAAAUCGUUGAGCUUAUGCGGGGUGAUCGACCACUCCACAAUACGCCGCCAAGCUCGGGAGCAGAAACAACGGCACGUAAUCUCGGGACUAGCGAAGACGAAGAAACCCGUAGUGCCAAUUAAUUAUUAUUACUGAAACUAUUUUAUAUUUUUGUAAUA